GUGGCCUCCUGUUACGAUAGCACCGAGAGAUACGGUUACAUUUUUUUUACACUUUCUCAAAUCAGUGUGGAGCUCUCUACAAAACUAAGAAUGAACUCCAAGUUAAGCUACAUUCACGUCCCCCACAAGAGUCCGAUGACCCAUAAUGCCAUUCACCAGUCACUAGACUCCAUGGCCGAGCGAAGGCGUGAUACUGAGGCUCUUGUUGUGUACAACAAGAACCUUGAGAGGGCCGCUAUGACUUACGGGCAGUUCAAGGACUGGUCCCGCUUCUUGGCAGCAUCCCUACUCGAUCUAGGUGUGUCACGUGGGCAGCACGUGCUCCUCAUCGGCGCCAGUAGUAUUCGGUUUGCGGUAUCCUUUAUGGCCCUCCAGCGUUUUGGUGCAAACACUAUUUUACUGGGACCUGGGGGGCUGUCUCAGGAUAAAGUUGGUCAGAUGAAAGAUCUAAGAGUCCAAGCAGUUGUCUUCGACCCUGACAUGCGCGAAACCCAGAGGAUGCAGCUAGAGAAAGGUGUAAGCCAGUUGCUCUCUGAUGUUUCCAAGAAAACCGAUCCAAUACUCGUUUCUCUGGGAGAAAUGGCUUCAUGCAUCGGCGAGACUGAUUUGAAAUGUCACGUGUAUGAUGAUCUGAUUGUGCGUGGACAGCAGAAGGAGUUAGGGAACAAAUUGACCCAAGCAGAAACGGAGGUACAAAUGGAUGAUCCUGCCGUAAUAAUUUUCACGUCUGGAAGCACAGGGUUACCAAAACUUGUCCAGCACACAUCCCACACUUUGGCAUGCGCGCAAGUGCUUUCGAAGGAUACAGCUCAGCCUUUUCGUGCAGAACGAGAAAAACGCUAUUUUGACCGGCCAAUGGCGUGGGGCUGGGGUAUGGGUACAGUUUGUGAAACUGUAAACGACAUUACGAUGGUAUGGGUGCCAACUGAUAUGGCUCUUAACGACGAGACAAACGAAGCCGUGUUUGAAAUCAUGCAGAAUGAAAAAUGCACCACCGCCCCGUUCAGCGUUGCACUUAUUCAUAAGCUGACCAAAAACAAGCUACAUCUAAAGUAUGAUCUUUCAAAUAUCGAGGAAUUCAUCAUGGGUGGACAAAUGUACUCCCAUGCCUUGCAGUCUAGCGUUUUCGACUGUCUGCCAUUUGCCAGAGCCUCGUACAGUCUUGGAACAUCCGAGGCGAUUGUCACGGCAAUGGAAAAAUUUACCAGAGAUGAGCUGACUGAAGAAAACUUUGGUAAAAUGUCCGUGUUGCCUGGGAACGAGGUCAAGAUUGUUGGCGACGAGGACAAGAUAGUUCGGCGAGGAACGCCUGGUGAGAUAUGCGUUCGUACGGCCAUGCUUUUCCAAGAAUACGUCGGCAAUCCCGAGGCCACCAAGCGAGCAAAAACAGCCACUGGCUGGUACCGAUUGGGAGAUAUCUGUGUUAUGGAUGAAUCAGGAAAAAUCAAGGUUCUUGGACGUGAGAAAGAUUUCAUCAAACGAGCCACAGUGAAGAUUUUUCCAGCUGAGAUCGAGAGAGUGGUUUUGCAGCACGCCGAUGUGGCAGACGUUGUCGUCGUCGGUGUUCCUGACCAGCGAUUUCAUGAGGAGAUAUGCGCAUGCGUCAUACUAAAAGCUGUCGAAGAUGACCGAGCUGUAGAAGUCAGGCUUGCAGAGAUAGAGGCCUGGUGCUUAGAGCAAUGUCCCCCAGGAGCCGAUGGUUUGAGUAUGAAGCCUCGUUACUUUUUAUCGGUGGAGUUCUUUCCGUCAGGGACCACGGGGAAAGUGGACCGCCGAGCCAUGAGGGAAAUCGCGAUGAAGAGACUUGGGAUAUGUCAGUAACCACAUUUAUUAUUCGGUGUAUUAAAUUUUAUAGUGUGGUGAUAUACAUUUUUUUAUGAGAACGUCCAGCCUGAGAUUUCACCAAAUUCUAAGAACAUGCUAAGAACAUGCCGAGGCUCAGAUGGCAGAAUUUUUUUUUCCUUUUAAAACCUGGUGCGCUCUUAAAUGCAAAAUCAAAUUUUGCUCAUAGUAACAACCUUAUUAUUGCUAUUGAUCAGUAGUUCAAUUAUCUUCCUAAAAAUUCAUUGGGUAUUAUAUUCUUAUAUACACUAAAAAUUAAGAACAUUGUUAAGAACAUAUUCAAGCCUUAAAAUGUCCCUAAAAUAAGAACGACCCAGCCUCAACUGAAAAUUAGACGUCUUAUAAAAUAGAUCUAGAUAAAUUCCACUAGUGUUUGUUGCUGCCUUAUCACUAAAAUCACCUAAACACAGUGCCACUUUAAAUAUGGUGGUACAAAUGUAUUGCUGAUAGGAAAAAGCUUUGAAAAACACGAAAAAAAAAAACACAUGAAAAACACGUAUAAUGUGGAAUUGCGCGGAAAUAGAAUAAAAACUGGCGAGAAAAUAUCCACGUUUUUUACCUCCCUUACUAAUAGUAACAGGAGCUUAACGAUAUUUUUUUUGUUGAGGUGGAACGGCCAAAGUAGAAAAAUAAUAUAAUUAUCAGUACACAGUAUUUUUCGUGAUUUUUUCUUCAUCCAAGGCCCGAUACUAGUUAUUUUGUAAACAAGGCUGUAAUUUAAUAACUACACAGUAAAGCAUUAUUCUGUCAUGUCAACUAAAAACGAUGUAACUCACGUUAGGAAAAGUUUAUGCUUUGAAAA